GCAUUUAAAUAAAAAUUGAAUUGAAAAACUAAAUACGAAAAGUCUUAAAGACCAUGGAACAAACGCAGAAAAGAGAAAGAAAUGGAGAACCCAUUAAAUUGGGUGAACUAAACAUGUUGCCAAUAUUGGUGGCUAUGAUUGUGGGCUUUAUAGCUGUGGCUUUAUUUGUUAUUUUACGUAAAAGAUCUUCAGCGCGGCGUGACUUUGUAUUGGCUGGCAUAAAUGAAGCAGGCAAAAGUUCAAUAUUUAUGCGUGUUUUGCAUGAUAAGUUUCCAGAAACUUUCACUUCCAUUAAGGAAAAUGUAUCUGACUAUAAAGUAGGCAACAUAUCCGCUCGUCUUGUGGACAUUCCUGGCCACUACCGAGUGAGAGAGAAAUGUUUCGAACAAUAUAAGAAAACAGCCAAGGGUAUUAUAUUUGUUUUGGACUCGGUUACCAUUCAAAAGGAUAUACGUGAUGUGGCAGAUGCUCUUUACACUAUUCUAACCGAUUCGGCCACUUUGCCAUGCAAAUUUGUUGUAAUGUGCAAUAAGCAAGACUUAACUACCGCCAAAAGCGUACAAGUUAUUAAGACAUCUUUGGAAAAAGAAAUGAAUAUAAUACGUGAUACCCGCAGUCGUAAACUGCAAUCAGUAGGUGAUGAUGAUGCUAAUAAACCAGUAUAUUUGGGCAAACCCGGCAAAGAUUUUGAAUGGUCACAUUUACAGCAAAACAUUCAGUUUUAUGAAGCUUCUGCUAAAGAUGGCGACCUCAACAAUCUCACCGACUGGAUGGAAAAGUUACUGUAGGUUUAGCCACACCAUUUAGCACACAAAUGGCAGUUUGUUCAUUUACUUAAUCAUAAGCAAGAAGCAGAAUUUUUCCUAUUUAACAACCAGCGCUCCCUUAAAGUAAAUCAUUGAAAACUAGGGAAGUUAAUAUUUUUGUCUUUGUAAUUUUAUUAUUUUUUAUAUAUUGUUUAAUUUAAUGCUCUGAUUUAGUAUUUAAUGUUAAAAUGUUCAAUUAUUCCUUAUAAAACAUUAAUUUUUUUAGUUAAAAAAUAAAUUUUAAGGUUUUUUUAUAAAAACAAAUAAUUUUAACUACAUCCAUGUCUAUAAUAAAUAAGCCUAUAUUUUGCAAGGGAGUGUAUUCUCGAAUUAUCAAUUAAAAUAUGCCAACAACCUAA